UCAGAAGAACUGCAUAAAAAAUUAGUGGAAACUUUGAGGAAGGAAAGAAACAUAAAACGUAAUCUUCAAUGAUAAUGCUACUUUUCCCAGUAAACUUAAUAAAGUUGAUAAAAACAACUUUCAAAGGGAAGUAAAAUGUAAGUGCGUAAUUAAAAUGAAGUAGAUAUCGCUAUCAACAAAACUGUUUCUUGUUAAAUACACAUCGUGUCAUACGCUGGGUUUUUCUAAGAUAAGUACAUUAUUCGAGUAAAUCAUUGUUUUCAACUUAAUUUUUUUUUUAAAUUUUCAACAUUGCUUGACUCCAUAUAAUUGAUACCUGACGGGAAAAUCAAGGAAUCGUAUCGUUGGUUUUGAUAUUUCCAUAAUAAGAAUGGAUGUGAUGCUAUACGUAUGUCUCGUUAUAUUUGGAGUAAUUUCUAGCAGCUCCCAGCAAUUGAUAUACCAAGGCAGAUCAGAAGAAACAAAUGAACAUGUGGACAGUUAUUUCAAAGUUUUCUUUCAAUUCAAAACUGAGGUAUUAAACAGGUUAUCUUCAAUUGAAUCGGAAAUGGAGAAAAACUUUCAAACAAUGAAAUCUUUCAAUGAACUUUUACAAAAGGAAAUGUCUCGGGUUGAUAAGGAGAUGUCAAAAUUUAAGGAAGAAGUACGCAAUGAAGUUACUGGCCAUUUGAAUAAAACCCUGCAGAAAAUUGAAAAUAUAACAAACAGAAUAGGUGUUUUGGAAUCGGAGACAGUGGCGCAACACAGUUUCCGUAUUAAUACCUUAAUGGGAGACGUUUCGGCUUUGAGAACAUCGCUCCGAAAUAUCAAACAGUCAGCUUCGGGUCAUACUUCAAGACUUAGUGCCAUUGAAACACAACAAAGGUCUCAGGGAACAUCUUUGACAGUACUGUCAAAUGGCUUGAAAUCAUUUAUUGAGGUACGGAUCACUGAUGGCGGAUCUUCCUAUGGUCGAGUUGAAGUGUUCUAUGAUGGAUCAUGGGGCACAAUUUGUGACGAUGACUGGGACAAUAAUGAUGCACGAGUUGUUUGUAGAAUGCUGGGUCGCAGUGGAGGAACAGCAGUUGACGAAGCGAGUUAUGGCGAAGGAAGUGGUCAGAUUUGGCUUGAUGACGUCAAUUGUAGUGGAACAGAAUCAUCGCUGAUGGAAUGUUCUAAACCACCGUUUGGUUCGCAUAAUUGUGGGCAUGGUGAGGAUGCGGGGGUAUCGUGCAAUUAACUUUGUAUGAUAGAUUCUUAUAAUUUGAUUCCUAUGUGGUUUAUCCUGCUAUUUUGUAAACUAAUAUAAAUUUUUGUUCUAAAUGAUCUCACAUCUCUUGCUUUUUGAAAUAGAAAUUAUGUUACAUGUACUUACAUUAUUUUACAUGAGUAUAUAGACGUGAUUUUUUAAAAGUU